CUUCCUGCUUGUAGCAACAACAAAAAAAACGACUUCCUGCUUGUGGCUGCUGCUAUCUUUUGUCGCUCGUUCGCUUCGUUAGCUCGCCAUGCCUGCUGCAAAGUGACCGAAAUGGAGUCGCGCUUGUCGGACACGGAGGGCGAGGAGCGGCAGCACGAACCUCUUCUUCCACGCGGACGCAAGGAUAAGAGCCAGCGGGCUCCAGCAUGCUGCUCGGCGCGCUACGGCCUGGCCCUGCUGUCCUCGUUCGGCUUCUUCGUGGUCUACGCCCUACGGGUCAACCUCAGCGUGGCCAUGGUGGACAUGCUCAACACCACCCAGCGGGCCCACCGCAACCACAGCAGCUCCGUGUGUCCCGCCCACGCCAGCCCCGCCCGGCCCAAACGCAACCACACCGCCAGCGUGUACGACUGGGACUUUGAGACGCAAGGCUGGAUCCUGGGCUCCUUCUUCUACGGUUACAUCCUCACGCAGAUCCCCGGGGGUUACCUGUCGGGCCGCUCGGGGCCCAAGUGGCUGAUGGGUUUGGGCAUCCUGGGGACGGUGGCCUUCACGCUGCUCACCCCCGUGGCGGCCGACCUGGGCGCCAGCUACCUCAUCGCCGUCAGGGUGCUGGAAGGCGUCGGGGAGGGCGUGACGUUCCCCGCUAUGUACAACAUGUGGGCAGCGUGGGCGCCGCCUUUGGAGAGGAGCCGUCUUCUCACCAUCUCCUACAUUGGAGCCCAGAUCGGGACGGUGGUGUCGCUUCCGCUGUCGGGUGAAAUCUGUUUCUACCUGGACUGGACCUACGUCUUCUACAUCUUUGGUGCAGUGGGCCUGUUGUGGUUCGUGCUGUGGGCCUUUCUGGCCUUCGACAGUCCGAACAGUCACCCGUGGAUCUCGGAACGGGAGAGAGUCUACAUCGUGGGCUCGCUGAAGAACGAGCUGUCUCCAUCGGGCGGACACAUCCCGUGGCGAGCCAUCGUGACGUCGCGCCCGCUGCUGGCCAUCGUGGUGGCCCACUUCUCGUACAACUGGACCUUUUACACCCUCCUCACCCUGCUGCCCACCUACAUGAAUGACAUACUGGGCUUCAGCAUACAGCAGAAUGGCUUUCUGUCGGCUCUCCCUUACCUGGGCUGCGCUCUGUUCGCCAUGAUGAGCGGUCAGCUGGCCGACUACCUGCGGGAAAGGCGCCGCUACUCCACCGUCACGGUCCGGAAGUCCUUCUCCGUCGUGGGUAUGAUCGGACCGGCCGUGUUCCUGGUGGCGGCCGGUUACACGGGAUGCAACUACACCUUGGCGUUGACUUUCCUCACUCUCUCGUCCUCGCUGGGCGGAGUGUCGGCGUCCGGCUUCAAUAUCAACCACUUGGACAUCGCUCCCUCGUACGCGGGCAUCCUGCUGGGCAUCACCAACACCUUCGCCACCAUUCCUGGCAUGGUGGGACCAGUCAUUGCAAGAAGCCUCACUGCAAAUAACACCAUUGAAGAAUGGCAGACGGUCUUCUACAUCGCAGCCGCCAUCAACCUGUUUGGCGCCACCUUCUACAGCAUCUUCGGUCGAGGCAGCGUGCAGCCCUGGGCCGUCCACGCCGACUCCUACUCCCGCCAAGACUAAGACCAAAGUCCACUUUGCGUGAGCCGCCAGCCCUUCACGCAGAGUACAUACUUACCCUUUCACGUAGAGCCAGAAUUUACUCUCCUACAGUGAAGCCGUUUAUCGGGGGGGGGGGGGGGAAUACGUUCCAGACCCACCCGCAGCAGGUGAACAUCUGCAACAAAGAGGAACCAUAUAAAAAAAAUUGAUAUAGUUUUUGUCCUCCCAUAUAACGUGAAACUAAAUAUAUCUUAACCACAGAGAAUAGUGUUGUUAAGAACCCUGUGCGCUCACGGGGUGCAAGCGUAGCUAGCUAGCUAACCGUUGAUGCGGCUGAAGGCGCUCAAGUUCGUAUAUAGCAGGGGAGAUGGGACUGGGUGCCCUUUUUUAGCCAUGGUCCUACACCCCCCCAGCCCCUCCCCAAAAAAUAUCAGGAAAACUGAAAAGGUGAAAAACAAUUGAAGGCUUUAUCUGGACAAUUGAGUACUACGUCGUUCUGUCUUUGCACAUAGUCAGCAAUUACCUUUAAAUAUUUUUUACGUACUUACAAAGAAAUCUCAGAAUUCACUUUACAGGGUUAUUAAAACACACUUAAAGCAUUCCGAGGCGGCUGUUGUCAUUCUCACUGUCAAGAAAUGGGAGACUAUCUUAUAACAUCACUUUGGGGAAAAGAAGACUCUUGUUCACACAGUUCUCUAAAUAAGAGGCACAGUGUGCUUGCUUGUAUGCGUCAUUUACAGGUGCAUUGAGAAUCAGUAUAUACUUGAAUCACAAAAUGUUCAACCGAACCAUGUCAUUCUGUAAUAAAAUUUGCUUCACGCUAUCAUAUAACGUGAAACACCGUAGAAAGGGUAACUAAAAUUAGCAUCAAUGUUAAAGUAAUUAUAACCCUUCAAACAAUUGCUACUUUAACACACUGGGUAUUAAAUGUGCACAACAUUAAAUUCAGAUGUGCCUGAUUAAUGUAAAAAUCCAUUUAAAAAGGGAGCACUUAGAAAUCCGCAAUAUGCCAGUGGCGCGAAUGUUUAAGUGCAAUAUAGCGAGGGUUCGCUGUACUGCUGGGAAUUUGUUUAGUUUGUCAACGCUCCAUUGGGUGUCGGUACCUUUCCCACAACGAUACGGGUAAUAGCUGGCUUUUGACGAGCUGCAAGGAAGGGACUGGUCACCUCCAGGAUAAUCGUUUCUAGAGCAGGGUCUGAAACGUACGGUCGAAGGGUCCAAAUGGGUCACUCGUUAUUGGGUCGCCGAUUGUCACGUUGUUUUGUUAGCCCCUUUCGCAACAGUAUUGUUGUCGUCGUAUCAUCUUGUGCCUUUCGCACAGACACCUCGGAUUAUUGUGUGUUUUGCAUUUUUUUUCCACCCUUAUUGGUAAAAUGUGACAAAUUGUACUGUUUCCUGCUCCAAAGGACCCUCUUAAUUUUUAUUUCAAAAAGCGGACACUAAGCUGCGACUCUUUAGUGUUUUACAAUUCUGAAGUGGUAUUAAAAGGGAUCACGUCGUUACUGUUUAAUCUAAUGUGUGCAGUUGUUUUUUUUUUUUUUGAGGACACAAAAGACGCAGAAGCUAACUUUUCUUAAAAUACUUUCAGCGAUUUGUUUUUUUUUCCCCCGUGACAGGAAAGUCCACUUUGCACAUUUCCAGAUGUCACUUCUCAGUUCUCACACUUGUGCCUUAAUGAAGCUUUUGAAAUCGGUUGCUUCACGCCGGAUGGCAUUUAAAAACAAUAAAAAAAAAAAAAAUCAUAUUUCUUUAAAUGACAAUUAAUGUCUUAAUGUAUGAAAAAUGUGAUGACUGUAAAGCAGGGCUGUGCAAAUGUUUGUAUUCUUCACCCUUCAUUUAUUGGAACCUGCUAAAACCAGUCCAAUAUCCUUUGAACACACCUGUUUGUAAACUUGUGUUUAAGAGGUGUAAAAAUCAUCAUUGUGUGUGAUAAAUAUUUAAUCAUCAGAGAA